AUGAAGUUCAGCAUCCUCCCCGUCGCCCUUCUCGCCGCCUUCGCCGCUACUGGCGCCGUGGCCCAGGACAGCUCUUCCGCGUCCAGCUCGGAGUCGACGUCCAGCUCGGCGUCCUCGUCCGUGUCUUCGAGCAGCGCUGCUCCCACUUCCAUGUCGUCCAGCUCGUCCAGCGGCAGCAGCGGUGGCUCCGGCGGUGGAGCCAUGAGCGUUUGCACCCCUCUCGGCGGUGACGCCCGCAACCCCCCUGCUGCUUGCCCUUACAGCUCCACCUCGAUCCCCCCUUACGACCUCAACUCGUUGAUCUCGUACUUCAUCUACGGCUACACCCGUGGUCCCGAGGCCAAGUCGCCCGAUGAGGUCGCCAGCGAGAUGGCCGGCUCGGUUCUGCAGUACUACCCCACCCUCACCACUCCCGAGUCGGUUUUGGCCGAGUCGUUCGCUGUCGCCAUCUCGGCCACCAUCCAGGCUGUCGCUGACGGCAAGCUCACCGCGGCGGAUCUGCACUCGCCCAACGCUGCCGUGCCUGCCAACUUGAUCCAGUGGGGUGUUGCCGCUGCCGCCAUUGUUGCUGCCGGUGCCUUUGCUCUCUAA